UCCGCCGGCUCCCGAUCUGAUUCCUGAUCCCUGAUUCCUUGAUCCUUGGUCCCGCCAUGGGAGCCUGAGCGCCCCCCACUCCCCCCUGGCCCCCAGCCCCCGGGGCCCUGAGGGGGAAAGAGGCAGCGGUCUGGGACGACGAGGGGGCGACCAGACUCAGUAGCCCCUCUACACCCCCGCAUCGUCCGCGCUUCCCGUCGGGGAGCGCGGAGUUCGGAGAGACCCGGAACGCUGCGGAUACAAAGACGCUGGGCCGUGUGGGGCGCCGGCCGAGCCCACCGGACCAUUCGCAGCGGCGGGAGUGCCGCCUGAUUUUCUCUGAGAUAAGCCCACCCGUCCAGCAAAAUAGAGUCCCUCAGGGUGACAGUUGAUUUCCUGAAGGUGCCCCUUGGCCUGAAGAAGUCAGUGCUGAAGGAGGUGGCAGUGGGGCCCCCCAAAAGGCCCCAGCCUGUGGCCCUGGAGCGCUACAAAGCUCGGCGUUCUGACGCCAUGGACACCGAGUCCCAGUACUCCGGCUAUUCCUAUAAGUCGGGCCACUCGCGCAGCUCCCGCAAGCACAGGGACCGCCGGGACCGACACCGCUCCAAGAGCCGAGAUGGGAGCCGCGGGGACAAGUCAGUGACGAUCCAGGCCCCAGGGGAGCCCCUGCUGGACAACGAGUCCACGCGAGGGGAUGAGCGGGAUGACAACUGGGGGGAGACGACCACGGUUGUCACGGGCACCUCGGAGCACAGCAUCUCCCACGAUGACCUCACACGCAUCGCCAAGGACAUGGAGGACAGCGUCCCGCUGGACUGCUCCCGGCACCUGGGUGUGGCAGCGGGGGCCACGCUGGCCCUGCUCUCUUUCCUCACACCGCUGGCUUUCCUGCUGCUGCCCCCGCUGCUGUGGCGGGAGGAGCUGGAGCCGUGCGGGACAGCCUGCGAGGGCCUCUUCAUCUCCGUGGCUUUCAAGCUGCUCAUCUUGCUGCUGGGCAGCUGGGCCCUGUUCUUCCGCCGGCCCAAGGCCUCCCUGCCCCGCGUCUUUGUGCUACGUGCGCUGCUCAUGGUGCUUGUCUUCCUGCUUGUCGUCUCCUACUGGCUCUUUUACGGCGUGCGCAUCCUGGACGCUCGCGAGCGCAGCUACCAAGGCGUGGUGCAGUUUGCCGUGUCGCUGGUGGAUGCCCUGCUUUUCGUGCACUACCUGGCCGUGGUCCUGCUGGAGCUGCGCCAGCUCCAGCCUCAGUUCACACUCAAGGUCGUGCGCUCCACCGACGGGGCCAGCCGCUUCUACAAUGUGGGCCAUCUCAGCAUCCAGCGCGUGGCAGUGUGGAUCCUGGAGAAGUAUUACCAUGACUUCCCUGUCUACAACCCUGCCCUCCUCAACCUGCCCAAGUCCGUCCUGGCCAAGAAAGUGUCUGGCUUCAAGGUGUAUUCCCUCGGAGAGGAAAACAGCACCAACAACUCCACGGGCCAGUCCCGGGCUGUGAUUGCAGCUGCGGCCCGGAGAAGGGACAACAGCCACAAUGAGUACUACUACGAGGAGGCCGAGCACGAGCGGAGGGUGCGCAAGCGGAGGGCCAGGCUUGUGGUGGCGGUGGAGGAGGCCUUCACUCACAUUAAGCGGCUGCAGGAAGAGGAGCAGAAGAACCCCAGGGAGGUGAUGGACCCCCGGGAGGCAGCCCAGGCCAUCUUCGCCUCCAUGGCCCGUGCCAUGCAGAAGUACCUUCGCACCACCAAGCAGCAGCCGUACCACACCAUGGAAAGCAUCCUGCAGCACCUCGAGUUCUGCAUCACGCACGACAUGACGCCCAAGGCCUUCCUGGAGCGGUACCUGGCGGCCGGACCCACCAUCCAGUACCACAAGGAACGCUGGCUGGCCAAGCAGUGGACACUGGUGAGCGAGGAGCCGGUGACCAGCGGGCUCAAGGACGGCAUCGUUUUCCUCUUGAAACGCCAGGACUUCAGCCUGGUGGUCAGCACCAAGAAGGUCCCGUUCUUCAAACUCUCCGAGGAAUUUGUGGAUCCCAAGUCGCACAAGUUUGUCAUGAGGCUGCAGUCGGAGACCUCGGUGUGACUGUGCAACAGCAGGGGGAGUGGGAGACACGGAGGGGGGGCUCCUGAGGGUGGUGGUGGGGGCCCGGCUCUCAGGCGCUGCCACCUUCCCGCCGCCGCCACCCUUCUUCCUCUUGCGCUAGUGUUUUUUUUUUACUUGAAUGAACUGGCCCCCCCACCUGUCUUCUCCCCUCUUCCUUGUUGACCCCGUGUGAGACCAUCCUGCUGUCAGCCGUCCCCGGGAAGUCCCUCUCUUUGCUCCCAUCCUCCUCACUUUUGUAUCUCGCCAGGCCCUGCAGGAAUCAGUGCCUCUCUCCCUCUCCUUUCUCUGGGCGACCGUCUCUUCUGAAAGGGCACAGGGCCCACCCGAGCCCGACUCCCUUGAACCCAGGUUCUCCUAGCAGUUCUCUCCAGUGGCCCCCAAAAGGGUUCCUCGGGGUGGUGGGGGUGCCGACCUGACUCGAGAGAGCCGAGAUGCCAAACUCCUCCCCGGGCAGCGCUGCCCGCACCCUCCAGGUGACAGGUGGAUCUUCGGCCCGCUCACCCACCCGCAGCUGACCCGGCGUCCUCGGGCCAGGAUGCUCCCACACGGCCCCAGAGUCAGGGGUCUCCCUCCAGGGAUAUUUGCUUCUAGCUGCUGGAGCCUCUCCCCGCAUCCACACACUCAGAGCAAAGGGAAGAUCCCAUCCUUUACCCUGAAGUCUCCGCCUUCCACUUCGACUUUGUGUGGUCACGUGUGACCACGGGCAAACUGAGACGGAAACCCUCUGUGACCCCUUUUCCUAGGCUCUGGGGCGCAGUACCUUUCUUCUCAUUGGUCUUUCCUAGGCGGUCCCUGGCGGACGGGCACGAGAGAGCCCCACGGACGUCCCUGACCCCUACCCUCUGCGCCUGCGUGGUGGGAUGGGUCUCCCCCUUCCCUGUGAAGGAUGCCACGGAGACUCCUGGACAGAAUUAGUGGCUUGCAGACCGUAGCCCACGCUGGCGGCCUCAGACAAACGUUCUUCUUUCUCUCACCAACCACCCGAUGUCCUGCUGUCUCCUCUCUCAGCUCCGGAGACCUGUAGCCUCAUCUCUUGUUUGGGGGGAAGCCAGCAGCUUCUCCUCAUCCCCUGCCUUAAGUCCACUUCUUUGCCUCAGGGGUCUCUUUUCCUUGGCCGGCCAGGGUCCUCCCCUACCCCACCCCCAAUUCCCGUUCCCUCCCUGCCUGGUUUUCUGGGCUCUGGUCUCCCUCGGUAUUGGGGUGAGGGCCGAGAUUGCUGCCUUUGAUGGGUACUUAGCCUCUCACCCCAUUUAGCCUCCACAGUCUUUGCACCCAGUCUGAAUUCUUGAGCGUUUUGGUUUCAUUCUGAGCAAAAUUUGCUGGCCUUCUAAUACUUAAUUUCAUUGUCAAUCUGAGCCUUUAAAUCAGACCCCCUUAAAUUACGGAGUUUUAGCCGAGGGGAAUAGAACUAAGCAGUACUCAUAUACCUCUAGCCAGCACCCAUGUCGGGGGGGCAUUCUGAUGGCCGGGCUGGAGCCGUCCCUGGGCCAGCCCUCAAAACAGCUCCCAGUGCCCCGUCUUUCCCCUGGAAAACUCACUGGUUCUUGCCUUGCUGCCAGGGAGGCGUGCCCUGUGGGGCAGUGGCGCUGGACAUGCCGAAGCCCGGGGGUGGUUUCCCCUGCCGUCCUUUCGGAAAAAGCACAUCUGUCCACAUAUUACUUACCAGAGAAGGGCUGGUCGGCCGCUGCCAACCUUGUUUGCACAUAGGCGGUCAUGGGGCUAACCUAGGCAGGGCCUGGGGGUCAGCCUUGGGCUGGGGCUGGGGGUUUUGGAACAAGCCUGAGUGAAAUACAUCCUGUCCUGAGGGUCCUGGGAAAGUAUUUUUUUUUUUCCCCACAUUCUUCAAAGACCUGGUUUCAGAGGAAUCCCUACUGGGUCACAUUUCUAAAUACCUCACUAUCCUGGAAAACGGGGCCUGGAUGGUGAUGGGGGUCCCUGCCUUUGUGGGCAGGAGGGGGGUGUGGUGUGGUUGAGGAAGAGUUGGGUGGGGAGAGGGACAGUAUUUGAGAUCUUAAUUGCUGCCCUAGGUUAGGGGCAAGGGAGUGUUUAUUUUAAGAACCUGCCAUGUUUUUAAUCACUGUGAUUUUUUCAUUCCUUUUUCCUACAACAAUUUUUUUUUUUUUUAAAACCCCCAACUCUCUCUCUAAGCACUAAGGGCUGUGACUGAGAAUGGUAGUGUUUUGGUCCUUUGCGUCAGAACUGUGGUAUCUUUGUCUCCUUUGAUUAUUGUUGUUAUUAUUUUUUAAACUGUCAGGAUGAAUUGUCAAGUGUAUGGCUGUGUUUGUCUUUUGCUUCUCUUGUUCGGGAAGUUGUCUUCAUGCUGUGAACUGCUGACUCAGUCCCUCUGAGCAGCAUCCCCCCCUUUGCCUGUCCCAUCCCACGCUGGAUGUUCUCAUUUUCCCUCGUGGGGCUGUGCCCACCCAUCGCCACCCCGACCCACCCAUCACCAUCAGGGAUGCCAUGGCCGGGUCUCUCCAGGGCUCUUGUUUUUGCCUCCCCAGCAUCCCGGCUCACCCCCAGCAUACCUCCCAGGCCUUCCUUUUCACCACCUCGGAAGGCUGGUCCUCCUGCCCUCCACACCAGAAUGCUGUGCCUCAGUCCUUCGCCUACCUCGCCACUCUGCCGCUGUCCCUGUUGGUCCCUUUCUCUUCAGCUACUCUUCGUGCUCUCCUUUUUUAUCCUUGUUUAUUUUCCAUCAGCCCUGCCUCUUUUCUUCCAGUCCCCUUCAUUCCAGCCCUUCUCCAGCCCCACCUCAGUCCCGUUGCAAACCCUGACACAAUACCUGCGAUGAGACAUUGGGAUCCCUUCUCGUCUCCAACAUCCGUCUCCCAGAGUUUGUGCUUCUCUCCUUCGAUUGAGCCCGGAUGCACUCCCUUGCCCCUCCAUGGUGUCCGUCGGUCUGUCUGUCUUCUCUUUCCUCUGCCCUCUCCACAGGGCAGUAUCUGCUGAUGGAUUCGGUCCUGGUGUGUGAUUGUUGUGAUCUGUUCUUCUGUGCGUGAAAGGAAGGGGCCUGAGUUCCUUCCAAGUGAGAUUGUAAAUGUAGAAUUUUCCAUUGUUGGAUCUAGAUUUUUUUUUCUUUCUUUUUUUGGGUUACAGAGCUGAGACCUUGUGCAUGCAUGUAGAAAAUUGUAAAAUGUAAAUUCUUUUUUUAAUAUAUAAAAAGCUUGUUUUUACAGUUUGCAGUGGAUCUAAACAUUAUGGCAAUUUUAGGGAUUUUUUUUUUCUUAAACAU